AUGUUCCCAACCUUCACCGGCAACUCGAGGCGCCCUCGCAACGUCAACCUCAGCGGUAGCGUCGGAAAUCCCUUUGCUAAUACAUCGUGGUCUCCAUCCACCGCCUCGACCACCAAAAAGACCGUCUUGGACGCCAAAGCUGAUCGUGAGAGGAGGCAAGCCGACAGGGAGCGACUGAAGGCAGCCUCGCGCAUCCAACGAUCAUGGCGGGGUCACAGAGAACGGUGUCGUGUCAGCGACAUGCACCGCGCCGCCUUUGACCGCCUGUAUACCGAACCCGGGGCCCCCGGUGACACAGACAGGUUGCAUCGCGCAUUCGUCCUGUUACUCUCGUUUUGCAGACCGGCCGCCCGACUUGACGAUCUCCGACGCUUGCAACACUAUGCCUAUGACGCGGCUGGCGUCACCUCGACCAGCCUUUGGCCAGCGCACCCAACUCGUCUACCGAGGCUCCUUCACGUUAUUAACUCUGCUUUGGAGUCUGCUUCAACUUCAACCACAGGCACUCUUACCGAUGAACUCCGCCUUCUUCUCCGCCUCGCUACCCAAAUUCUCGAAUUCGUGCCCCAAGCUCUAAGCUCCUCCGGGAAUAGAUAUUUUGCUGCCUUGGCUGCUUUAUGCAAAAAGGUUCAGGGUGAAGACUGGCUCCAAGAUGUACUGGAGAGUCUACGUGCCGCCCUCACGUCCGACGACUCUAGCGCCUUUGCGUAUUUUACUCGCGAAUUCCUAACCGAGGAGAAUAUUACACUGUUCGAGGACAAUAUUGAGUCGUUCGCCGCAAUCAUUAGCCCCCAACUGCUCAGCGAAGAAAUUGGCUAUUCGUACAGCUCGAGACGCGUUCACACCGACUCUUCCGAUGGACUCAUGUGGCUCCUCGCUCAUACUACCGAUCUCACGAGAACUUCUACUUGGACACACGCUGGCAUCGACCCAAUUCGCUCCCUCUUCAUCCAACUCUCGGCUCUCACAUCCGAAAUCAGUGCUCGCGUGACCACACCCAACUCACUCACAGCCGAAUCAGAGGGCGAUUUUCGCAGCCCCGAUCAGCCCGACAACUCCUACAUUUCCCGUCAGCUGCUAUGGCUUAGCAGUAGCGAAGGCACAUCUAACAUCCUGCGAUACUUUACUGCCAACUCCAGCCAACCAAGCUGCAACACCACCAGUUUGUUGGCAGGCUACCUGCUGACAUUGCUGCAAAGCUUCUCUGGGAAAGCUGACGAUAUCCGCAUGAGGUUAUUUCUAGAACAAGUCACAACAGGAAUAAGGUCUGUUCCUACCGUCAAAUUCCUGUGGCAGAUGGCCCAAGAAACACAGGUCUUCAAGAUUCUCCGGGACGAACCCGGGCAAACGUUUCCCAUUCUCAAUCAAUACCUCAACGAUGGCCCCCUGCCCGACGGCGGGGAGACCGACUCAGAUCAAGAGUGGCGUAUAAUCCUCCUCUUCCUCGAACUAUACACCUUCAUUCUGCGACUGAGUGACGACCAAGAUUUCUUUAGCGGCAUCCAUCCAUCUCCGUUACAAGAAAACUCUUCGCCAUCGCGCAUUCAGACCUGCAGUUUGUCACUUGAGGACGUCAAGUCGCUCAGUCUCUUCCUCAAGAAUAUCGCCUUUACACUGUAUUACAAAGGUCAUGAGCUUUGUCCGGUACGGCGAGGCUUUCUUGAGUCUCAACACCGCAACAAGUCAGCUGCUUCUGCAAAAACAUCGCCGAAAGCAAUCAAGCUCAGAUCUACAAAGUUGGAUCUUGACAGCCUUCGCGACAUAGUAUCCAGUACAAUGACGAUGCUCUACGAGAGGGACUCGCGGAAAGCUUUCCUUCCAAAAGAUCAUUGGCUCAUCACGGAUCAGCUGCAGCAAGAAGACUUUGUCGGUGCUGUCCUCGCAGAGGAGAAGCGCCAACGGCAGGAAGCGUUGUCCUACGAUAGCCAUGGCGAUGGCGAUGAUGAAGAUGACGGUGAUGAAGACGAAGACGGUCUUGACCGUAUGUCUUCUCGUGAGCCACUCGCAGGUCGUGCGGCGCGAGAGAAGAUAGCGAGGCAGCAGAGACGAGCGCAACGAGAGCGCCGACUAGCAGAGCUAGGGCCAAAACUGGCUGUGCUGAAACAUAUGCCUUUUGCCGUGCCGUUCGAUACUCGUGUUAGGAUCUUCAGGCUUUUUAUCGAUGUGGACAAGGAGCUCAGAGGCAGAGCCCCUGACCACGCGUUUCCGGUACUUGCUAAGCACGCUGCCCAGAUUCGCAGAGGUCAACUCUUUGAAGAUGCCUUUGAAGAGCUGUACAAGAUUGGCGACGGCCUCAAGGACCCAAUUGCGAUCACCUUUGUUGACCAAUUUGAUGAACCUGAAGCCGGAAUUGACGGCGGAGGUGUUACUAAAGAGUUUCUCAUCAGCGUUAUAUCGGAAGCCUUGAGCGGUCAUGAAGAUGGCAUCAACAUGUUCACCGCCAGCCCCUCUGGGCUCCUCUACCCAAACCCAAUUGCCAUAGAUGCAAUCAAGGAGACAAUGAGAGUAGGCCAUGUGAACGAAUCUUUUCCUGAGUGGCGCCAGAUGCUCAACUCGCAGCUUCGGCGAUACGAAUUCCUGGGCCGCUUGGUGGGAAAAUGCAUGUACGAGGGCAUUCUUGUUGACGUCAACUUUGCUGGCUUCUUUCUACUGAAGUGGCCCUCUGCUGGGCCGGAUGACGAAAACAACUACAAAGGCAGCAUCAACGACUUGCGGGACCUAGACGAGGAGCUAUACAACGGCAUGCUUCGCCUCAAAAACUACCCUGGAGACGUCUCGGAACUUGAUAUCAGCUUUACGGUAUCAGAUCAAGUCUCGAUGCCCAAAGCACCGAUAAAGACGGUGACAAAACUGCUGGUGGCCAACGGGGACCAGGUUUAUGUGACGAAUGACAAUCGGCCGUUGUACAUUUCAUAUAUGGCUCGGCACCGGCUGGUUGUGCAGUCUGCUCCACAAACAGCGGCAUUUCUGCGAGGUCUGCGCGCAAUUAUCCGACCAUCGUGGCUUUCCAUGUUCAACCAGUCAGAGCUCCAGCGUCUUGUCGGGGGUGACUCGUCGGAGAUUGAUUUGGAAGACCUGCGUAAGAACACGGUCUACUCGGGCUUGUACGAGUUGGGUGACGACAAGGAAGAGCACCCAACGAUCAAGAUAUUUUGGAAGGUGAUGCACGAAUUUACCGACGAGAAGCGGAGAAACUUGCUCAAGUAUGUUAGCUCCACGCCGCGCGCACCACUGCUCGGCUUCUCCCAACUCCGGCCGCUAUUCUGCAUCCGUUCUGGAGGAAACGACGAAGAACGGUUGCCGAGUGCGAGCACAUGUAUCAAUUUGCUUAAGCUGCCAGUGUAUAAAACGGAGGAGAGGCUGCGUGAGAAGCUUCUCUACGCCAUCACGUCUGGUGCAGGGUUUGAUUUGAGUUAG